AUGGCCGACGCAGAUUUGAAGCAAGCGAUUCUCCGGCUGACUGAUCUCAUCGCAAACCAGCAGCAGCAGAUUGCAGCUCUCCAGCAGGGUAACGCUAAUCAAGUUGGAAGCGAGAAGAUCAUCGAGUCACUCUCAACGGGAAUCGACGAGUUUCAGUACGAUCCAGACGGCGGCAUCUUCUUCGAUUCGUGGUAUGCUCGAUACGAGGACGUGUUCGAGGAGGACGGAAAGCAUUUGGAUGACAAAGCAAAGGUCAGGCUACUUCUGCGGAAAAUCGGCACGCAAUUCCACGAACGCUACGUGAACAGUGUUUUGCCGAGUCAUCCGCGGGAUUUUUCAUUCGAAGACACCGUCAAGAAGCUGAAGAAACUUUUUGGAUGCCAAAAGUCACUCUUCAACGCACGCUACCAGUGUCUUCAAUACGUGAAAAAUGAAGUCGACGAUUUUUCGUCUUACUCAGCAUCGGUGAACAAGCACUGCGAAGCGUUCCAGAUCGGAAAGCUAUCCAGCGACCAAUUCAAGACGCUCAGGUUCGUAUGCGGUCUCCAGUCACCACGCGAUUCGGAUAUCCGGACCAGGCUGAUCGGGAAGUUGGAAGCUGAAGAAAACGCGCCGCCCGCCGACGGUGCCAACCUCAAGCUUGAAAACCUGGUUGAGGAGUGCAACCGCAUCAUCAACCUUAAGCAAGACACGCAAAUGAUCGAGAAAGGUUGUACGGACAAGUCUAAAGUCAACGCAAUCUCUCGUCAUCGUACUUCAAACGGAAAGGAGAAGAAGUCACCAAAAACACCUUGCUGGUUCUGUGGGGAUCUUCAUUAUGUCAAGGAGUGCCCCUACCAGACACACACAUGUUCAAAGUGUAAACGAAAGGGCCACAAGGAAGGGUACUGCUCCUCAUCCGAGAAGAAGCUGACAAAGCAGAUCGAUAAACCCAAACCUAAGGACAUCGUCAAGUCUAAAGGUAUUGCGGUUAAGCGAGUUGAUCUGAAAGCAAAGCGGAAGUUCGUGAAAAUCGACAUCAACGGUGUACCAGCAAAGUUGCAGCUCGAUUGUGCAUCUGACAUCACCAUCAUCUCCAAACGAACUUGGACAUCGGUGGGUAAGCCUGUCAUCGAGACAACGGAUGUCGCUGCUGUGAGCGCCUCGGGUGACGGCAUCGACAUCGUAGGUGAAUUCAACGCUGAAAUCACCAUCCAAGACGUGACGAAAGUGGGUCGCAUUUUCGUUACAAGCAAUCCGGAUCUCAACGUUCUGGGAAUUGAAACGAUCGAUCAGUUCGAUCUCUGGUCGGUUCCGUUCAGUUCAUUAGUCAACUCAAUCCAACAAAACUCAAACGCAACAAUGCAGAAGCUGCAAGCGAAGUUCCCUGAAGUGUUCCAACCAACCCUCGGAUGCUGCACCAAAGCUAAGGUAACGCUCUACCCGAAGCCAGAUGCACGACCUGUGUACUGCCCCAAGCGACCGGUUGCCUACGCUGCCCUUCCGAAGGUUGAUGCUGAGCUGCAGAGACUUCAAGACAACGGCAUCAUCUCGCCAGUCCAGUUUUCUGAUUGGGCUGCACCUAUCGUCGUGGUUCGUAAAUCUGAUGUCUCCGUUCGCAUUUGUGGUGACUAUUCCACAGGUCUCAACAAUGCACUAGAAUCAGAUCGCCAUCCACUGCCUCAUCCGGACGAUAUGUUCGGUGAACUCGCCGGUUGCCGUUUCUUCUCCUGUAUCGAUUUUUCGGAUGCCUAUCUCCAGGUCGAAGUUGAAGAAGCUUCCCGGAAACUGCUAACGAUAAACACACACAAAGGUCUGUUCCUGUACAACCGAUUGCCACCCGGAGUCAAAUCCGCACCAGGUGCAUUCCAGAGGAUCAUCGACAGUAUGCUAGCCGGAAUUCCUGGAGUGAAACCGUACCUGGAUGACAUUCUAAUUGCUGGAAAGACCCAAGAAGAGCACGAUCGUAGUCUGAAUGAUGUGCUCCAACGUAUUCGUGAGUGUGGAUUCUAUCUGCGCAUCGAGAAGUGCCGUUUUGCACUUCCGCAGAUCAAGUUUCUGGGUCACAUCCUCGACAAGGAUGGUCUCCGCCCGGAUCCAACCAAAACAAGAGCAAUCUUUGAGAUGUCAGCACCAACGAAUCUGUCGCAACUGCGUUCAUACCUGGGUGCGAUUAACUACUAUGGACGGUUCGUUGGACAGAUGAAGGAACUCCGAGCGCCGCUGGACUGUCUACUGAAGAAACUUGUCGAAGGGGAGAAGGCAGUAAUGUUCCAGGAUCUGCAGACGUUUCUAUCGGUUUACCGGUCAACACCAAACAGAAGAAUAGAUGGUAAGACGCCAGCUCAUCUAUUUCUAGGUCGACCGCUACGAACGACACUGGAUCUGCUGAAGCCGUGUCCUCCAAGUCCAACGCUGGUCAACGAAAAGCAAAAUUCCCAGUUCAACAGACGACAUUGUGCGAUGAAACGAACCUUUGAUGCUGAAGAAAUGGUCUUUGCCCAGGUUCAUUAUCGUAACACAACAGAAUGGGUUCCAGGUCAAAUCAUCGAGCGCAAGGGUAACGUAAACUACACCAUGUUGCUCGAGAACGGACGACUCAUUCGAGCACACACAAACCAAAUUCGACAACGAUAUGGAAGCGAUGCCGAUGCUGAUUCUACACCUCAAAAUCAACUUCCUUUGGCACUGCUGAUCGAUGAAUUCAAUUUUCAAGAUAUGAAACCUCCGGAUCCAGUAGUUCCUCCAAUAGAAGAUGAGCAACCGAUUCCUGAUGAUGAGCCGAUGCCUGUCGAUGAUGAACAAGAAGUUGUUGAAGACGACGUUAACGACGAUGAAUCUGAUGUUCCUAUUGAAGACUCUCCACAACCCGUCAGGCCAGAAGGAAGACUUCGUAGGCUCCCAGCAUGGCUUGCACCGUACGAUAUUUUCUAA